UCCGGGUGAUGUAGAUCAAUUGUGAAUGUAAAACGCGUUUCGUCUGGUGCAGUUUGUUCUUCUGCGGCCGCCGUAGAGCGGAAGCGGAAGCAGCACGAGCAGCAGCAGCAGCAGCACAACAUCAACAUGGUGCUGGAGAAGAAAACCUCCGCUCGGGUGGAGGCCGGUCAGCGCAGAGUGUUGGAUGAAGCGACCAGACAGCGGCGUCUGACCCGUCAGCUGGAGGCUCUGGAGAAAGACAACUUCCAGCUGUUUUGUGUUUCCAGGACGACCCUCUGUCCUCCCUCCCUCCCCCAGGUCCUACAGCCCGUCUGCCGGCCUUCAGUGAGACAGAAGAACCAGAGAAGAAGAAGAGGAAGACGAGGGGCGACCACUUCAAACAACGCUUCAGGAAAAACUUCACCACGCUGCUGGAGGAGGAGAACCUGUCGGAGAAGCCGGAGCCCAACUACCUGUCGGCGGCGGCGCCACCCUCGUCGCUGCCCCCCCGUCACUUCUGCUGCGUCUGCGGCUUCCCCUCGCACUACACCUGCACCACCUGCGGGGGGCGCUACUGCAGCAGCAAGUGCCUCGUCACACACAGAGAGACCAGGUGUUUGAAGUGGACGCUGUAGCCGCCGCCCGCCGCCCGUCGCCCCGGUGAUGAGGCCGAGGAGACGGCCCCACGUGCUCGGUUCAGAACGUGUUGGACGAUGACGCUCCGUGUUUUACAAACUGACGCAUGUUGAACCCGGUUCUGAGUUCCCAGUUCCUCAUGCGGUGAAUCGUGGACGUGACUCAGUCACUGUGAGCGAGUUAGUGUCACGUCAGUCAGUUAACGUCCCACUUCUUUACUUCCUGUGUAACGACGACAGUAUCGACAAGACGAAGAGAUUCACUUCAGGUCUGGACAUGAAGUGUUCAGAUGACGACACUGUCCCGUUGACAUGAGCUGUUCUGGUUAUUUUGGCCACAUUAUCUCAACAUGUUCUGUAAUAAAUGAGUUUGAUUGUAGUUGUAGCUUCAUUCAAAACAAAACAGUUGAUGUUUGAUUCUCA